GCGGCUGAUGACGGCGACGAUGGCGGCGGAGCGGGCCCGCGACGGCACCUGCCACUUCCAGCGCUCCAGGCUGCUCUGGAUGAUCGGCAUCACCUUCGGCAUGAUCCUGCUCGGCUGGGUGACACUUUCGCCUUCAACCAUACCUUACACUUACUUGGGAGUAUUUGGUAGCUUUCUUAAUUUUUUAGUGAAGAAUUACCACAAGUGGGUAUGCUAUGGGUUCUGGGUAUCCUGGCUGAUUCAUAUAGUAGAAGCCUUCUACGGUGUUAAGCUAUGCCAGACUAAAGGCAUCACUGACCCAGCAGUUCAGUUCCAGUGGUUCAUUCAGACACUUUUAUUUGGAUAUGCUUCUUUUGGCCUCCUCGUGUCUUACAAGCCUCCAAUCAAGAAGUACUACUAGAAGAAUUAGAGAAGUCUCUUACAUUCUUCACAUACAUUUUUGUUAGAAAAUAACCUCACUUACAUGUCUAGGUGCUGUAAUUAACUAAAUUACAUUCCUGCUGUGUGAUGCAAUGCCAUCAAACAACUCUUCUUGCUAGAUGAGGCACUUAUAGCUAUAAGUCACUGGGCCCUGUAGAUAGUUCAGUAGAAAUUUAGCCCUUCAGUCUGGGGCUGCCAACUUUUAAAGCCGUUUAUUAUGCAAGCACCCCAAUGUUGUUCAUGGGCAGUUCAUGUUGUUCAUGACCUAGCUUAUCUUCUCAGGUAUUCACUGAAGAGGAGAAUCCCUAACAGAUGGUAGUUGUGGUUGCUGAGUUGCCUUUUUUAGUGUGGAGGAAUUGUUCUUCAUAACAAGGAAAGUUAUUUACAGCCACAAGGCUAUUUUGUGAUAGGAUUUCCUUUUCCUACAUUUUCUUUACAGGAACUUUUAAUAGCAUUACAUGCUUUUGUGGUUAUACUUGGUCUUUGUUAAACUGUUUUUUCCCCCUACAAGGGUCAGACCACUUUACUGCUGCAGGCACAUUAAAAGCAAGCAAGUCUCACUUCAGGUUGAGGUGCAGUGGUGAGCCAGGAUACAUAAAGCACCUCAGCUUGGUUUAUACAUGUGCCUUAAGCUGUAUGCAGCAUGACCAUCUCUUUUUGAACGAAGAUCUUAAUCCUUGACUUAGUAUAGCUUGACAAAGUAAUCCUGUAACUUUGAGGGCAGCUUUUAUGAAAAAGCUUACUAGUCAAGGAAGGAGUUAAAAAAGUUAACAUUCCAGAACAUAGGUGAACAUUUAUGGAUGAAAAGCAGAUGUAUUGAGUAAAUGUGCGCCACUGCUAGACAGAUGUCGAUGUAUCAAAAUCUUUACAGAGACUAUCUUCAGUAUCCCUUAAUGUUCUUUAUGUGUAGUGAGUCUAUUCUGUUAUAUUUUAAGUAUUUGAAAAAUAGCUUAUCUUGUUUUAGCACUUCUAAGGAGUAAUGGUUAUUUAAAAUGUUAUGCUGUGGGGAGUUUCACCUCAUCACCUGUGGUGCUGCUGCUCUAGAAGAGAGGCCAGAAAAAAGGAGUUCUCCCCUGACAAAAACCCCAGUGAGGGAGUAACAAGUAAAUGUGUCUUGUGCAGUACCUACAGACAACACUGCUGAUGGAGAAGUCUCCCUUGAGUACAGACACAUUCUUUUAAUUAUUAUUUUGCUUCUCAGUUGGUAUUAGAAGCAUGGAGAACUGAAGGAGUUGAAGUGGGUUUAUUUUAAAAGUGGUCAUCUGGUAAAAUUAGCAUCAUCUAGAGAAAUGGAAAGCCAGGUUGAGUGGCUAGAAAUCCACAGCUGUGUCAAGAGCCU